CUUUAACUCACACUGAUCUAGGGAAAUCUAUUUUCAGAUUCCAGGAGAAAAGCUCAUUUCGGGAUAAAGGAUGAAGCUUUUCCUGUGGAGCAUUUGCCUGCUGGGAGUGUUGGUAUACAAAGGGUCUUGUCUUCAAGUUCGAUAUGAUGGGGAUCAGGUCCUCAAAAUCACCCCUCAAACAUCUGCACAAGCACAACUCCUGCAAGAAUUAACAAGCAAUUGGCUGCUUGAUCUUUGGAAUCCAGACAUGGUUGAAGAUAUCUCCACAUUGAGAGAGGUCCACGUCCGGGUCCCAUUUUCUUAUGUCGAUCAAAUGAAAGAGAAGCUUCUACAACAAGCAAUUCCUUUUACUGUCAUGAUUAAUGAUGUCCAGAAAUUGAUAGACAAGAGUACCAGGAGCAAAAGCAAUACAUUGCCAAUGUCUUUGGAAAACUAUGACUACAAACAGUAUCACCCGAUGGAAGAGAUUUAUGAAUGGAUGGAACACAUUAAGGAGAAACACAGCGAUCUGGUAUCACAGCAUUAUUUAGGAAAUACAUAUGAAAAGAGACCAAUCUACUAUUUCAAAAUUGGAUGGCCAUCAGACAAGCAAAAAAAACUUGUUGUAAUGGACUGCGGAAUUCAUGCCCGAGAAUGGAUCGCUGUUGCCUUUUGCCAAUGGUUUGUAAAAGUGAUCAUUGAAAAACACCAGAAUGAUCCUAUUCUUACCAAUGCCCUCAAACAAGUUGACUUCUACAUCAUACCUGUGCUAAAUGUUGAUGGAUAUAUUUACUCCUGGACGCACGAACGUCUUUGGAGAAAAAAUCGCUCACCGCAAGGCAAUGGAACAUGCUACGGCGUGGACUUGAACAGGAACUUUAAUUCACAGUGGUGUUCUGUUGGUGCCUCUAGAAAUUGCUCAAGCUUUACCUUCUGUGGUCCAGAACCAGCUUCAGAACUUGAAACAAAAGCACUGGUUGCACUAAUGGAACCAGUUAAAUCUAAUAUUUUAAGCUACCUCACCAUUCAUUCAUAUGGACAAUAUAUUCUGCUCCCGUUUGGCUAUACAUACCAACCCUCUGAAAACCAUGCUGAACUGACAAAGGUUGCAGAGACGGCGGCUGCCAAAAUAAAAGGAGUGCAUAACAAAAUUUACACAGUGGGAUCCUCAUCUGUUGUAUUGUAUAAUAAUUCUGGGUCCUCUGCAGACUGGGCUGGUGACCUUAAAAUAAAGCUGUCAUACACCUUUGAAUUAAGAGACAAUGGCACCUAUGGCUUUCAGCUGCCUCCAGACCAGAUUGCACCUACUUGCGAAGAGAACACUGUCGCUGUGAUGUCCAUAAUUGAAUAUCUCAAUGAAAACUACCUUGAAAAUAAUGCUGUGGUUGUCUCUUCCGUCUGGCUAAAUGUAAUCCUUUCUUGUGCCAUCUGCAUGUAUUUUACUUUAACCCAUUAACUUUUAAGUUAUUUAUUUCACGUUACAGAGCUCAGGUUCUGAACACAUUAGCUAAGAUUUUUGAAAUUAUUAUUUUUUAAGGAACUAUUUUCACAAUUCAUUUACAUUUUUUAUUU